AUGUGCUUUGUUUCAUACCUGUAUCUGUGCAUUAUUUGGAGUUCUUCAGCAUUCUUCUCUCACUCUUCAUCCCCAGUCCCAGACUCAACGUCUGGGUCAGGCUCCUGCCAGCUGCGGGGGCAUUUCAAUCUUAAUGGGAUGUACCAGGAUGGAGACCUGAUUCUGGGGGGCCUGUUUGAGGUCCACUUUCUCACUGUGUUCCCAGAGCUUAGCUUCACCAGUGAACCGGAACAGCCCUACUGUGAACAGUUUGACAUGGCAAGUUUCCAGCAGGCACAGACUAUGGCUUUUGCUAUUGAUGAAAUCAACAGAAAUCCCAAACUACUGCCCAAUAUCACUCUAGGCUACCACAUGUAUGAUAACUGCGUGAAGCUUGCGGUUGCAUUCCGGGCAGCUAUGGCCUUACUCAGUGGGACAGAUGAAGCCACUUCCAGUGUAGACUGCACUGGAUCUCCCCCAGUGAUUGGGAUAGUGGGGGACCCAGGAUCCACUCACUCUAUCGCUAUUUCUAGUGUGCUGGGGCUGUUUCGAGUACCCAUGGUCAGCUACUUCGCCACCUGCUCAUGCCUCAGUCACCGGCGUCAGUACCCCUCCUUCUUCAGGACCAUUCCCAGUGACGCCUUCCAAGUGCAUGCUAUCACCCAGAUCCUGAAGCGAUUCAGCUGGACGUGGGUGGGCCUGGUCUACAGUGACGAUGACUAUGGUAUCCAUGCUGCACACGCCUUCCACCAGGACGUGCAGGUCCAGCUCAGUGGCUGUGUAGCUUACUCUGAAAUGCUGCCACGAGACAACAACCGCAAGGACGUGAGACGCAUUGUUGAAGCGAUUAAAGCCUCCACAGCAAGGGUAGUGGUGGUCAUCUCCACUGAGGCUUAUCUGUUGCCACUUAUGGAUGAAGUGGCUCUUAGGAACGUCACUGGCAGGCAGUGGAUUGCCAGUGAAGCCUGGGCCACCUCACCAGUCUUCCUCACCCGACGUCUGCUGCCAUACCUUGGGGGCACACUUGGUAUCGCCAUCCGUCGUGGGGAGAUCCAGGGACUACGGGACUUCCUGCUUCGCCUUCAACCAGACAGUCAUCCUAAAAACAACAUGGUACAGAACUUCUGGGAGGAAAUGUUUGGAUGUACAUUUGAUUCUGGAAGUAUACAGGCUGAUGGAGAAGAGGAGAAAAAAGUGUGCACAGGAGAAGAAAAACUCAGAAACACAGACACAGCAUACACAGAUAUAUCUGAAUUAAGGGCUUCCUAUAAUGUAUACAAGGCUGUUUAUGCUCUGGCGCAUGCCCUGCAUGACUUGACAACAUGCAAAGAGGGAAAAGGGCCUUUUAAUGGACAUAUCUGUGCCAGCUUAGGCAACAUACAGCCCUGGCAGGUUGUCGAUUACCUGCAGAAAGUGAACUUCACUACUGGCUUUGGAGACCAUGUAUCAUUUGACAAAGAUGGUAAUGCUCUGGCCAUCUAUGAUGUCAUGAACUGGCAGCCAAACCCAGAUGGGUCAAUCAAGGUCCAUACAGUCGGCAUGGUGGAUGAGGCUUCGCAAGCAGAUUAUGUCCUCACACUAGAUGAGGACGCACUGUUCUGGAACUUUGAAUCAAAAAAAGUGCCCAGGUCUGUGUGCAGUGAAAGUUGCCCCCCUGGCACCAGAAGAGCCAGAAGGAAAGGCCUGCCCAUCUGCUGCUUUGAUUGUCUGCCAUGUACAGAUGGAGAAAUCAGCAACGUAACAGAUUCUACUGAGUGUACAGCAUGCCCUGAGGAGUUCUGGUCCAGCCCAGAGAAGGACCGCUGUGUCCCUAAAGAGGUGGAGUUUCUGUCCUAUGAGGAGCCGCUUGGUAUAUCCUUGACAACGGCCUCCCUUUUCGGCUCCUGCUUCUGUGCAGGGGUUCUAGGCAUUUUUGCACGUCACCGACACACCCCUGUUGUUCGUGCCAACAACUCAGAGCUAAGCUUUCUGCUGCUGCUGUCACUCAAAUUGUGCUUCAUGUGUGUCCUUCUGUUCAUUGGCCAGCCACAGCUGUGGACAUGCCAGCUGAGGCACGUGGCAUUCGGCAUCAGCUUUGUUCUGAGUGUUUCCAGCAUCCUGGUCAAGACUAUGGUGGUGGUGGCUGUAUUUAAGUCAUCCCGGCCAGGAGGCCAAAGUGCCAUGAAGUGGUUUGGAGUGGCCCAACAGAGAGGGACCGUGUUGGUCCUCACAGCCUUCCAGGUGGCCAUAUGUGCAGCCUGGCUGGCUACAGCAUCUCCCACACCCUAUAAAAACACUCGCUACGUCAGCUCUAAAAUAGUAUAUGAGUGCGCUGUGGGUUCGGUGCUAUGGUUUGCAACUCUGUUGGGCUACAUUGGUCUGCUGGCUGCUGUGAGCUUCUUGCUGGCAUUCUUGGCAAGGAACCUUCCAGAUAACUUCAAUGAGGCAAAAUUCAUCACCUUUAGUAUGUUAAUCUUUUGUGCUGUGUGGAUCACUUUUGUUCCUGCAUACAUCAGCUCUCCAGGAAAGUAUUCAGUGGCUGUAGAGGUCUUUGCUAUUUUAGCCUCUAGUUUUGGCCUGCUGGUGGCAAUAUUUGCUCCAAAGUGCUACAUCAUUCUCUUGCAUCCUGAAAGGAACACCAAACAAGCCAUAAUGGGUCGAACAACACAAAAGAAAUAG